CUGCUCCCGAGGGCCGUCAUCCACCUAGCGGCCGGCCGGCCGGCCUGGAGCUGCCCCGCCCACGGCCUAGGUUUCGUUUUCCCUCGGGGGCCCCGCCCGGCGCCCCGGGGAGCCGGAGGUGGCGGAGAUGAAUGGCGGGCGCGGCGGCCAGGAGCCGGACCCCUGGGGAGUCGGAGCUUGUCGAGGGAGGCGGCUGGCGCUGCCCGGAGCAUGGCGACCGCGUGGCUGAGCUCUUCUGUAGCCGCUGCCGCCGCUGCGUGUGCGCGCUUUGCCCGGUGCUGGGCGCGCACCGCGGCCACCCGGUGGGCCUGGCGCUGGACGCAGCGGUGCACGUGCAGAAACUCAGCCAAGAAUGUUUAAAGCAUCUGGCAAUCAAGAAGCAGCAGCACGCUGACAACAUAACCCAGAUAGAAGAUGCCACCGAGAAGCUCAAGGCUAAUGCAGAGUCAAGUAAAACCUGGCUGAAGGGGAAAUUCACUGAACUCAGAUUACUACUUGAUGAAGAGGAAGCGCUGGCCAAGAAAUUCAUUGAUAAAAACACGCAGCUUACCCUCCAGGUGUACAGGGAACAAGCUGACUCUUGCAGAGAGCAACUUGACGUCAUGAACGAUCUCUCCAGCAGGGUCUGGAGUAUCGGCCAGGAGCCCGAUCCUGUCCAGAGGCUUCAGGCAUACACGGCCACCGAGCAGGAGAUGCAGCGGCAGAUGAGCCUCGGGGAGCUGUGCCAUCCCGUGCCCCUCUCCUUUGAGCCCGUCAAGAGCUUCUUUAAGGGCCUCGUGGAAGCCGUGCAGAGUACAUUACAGACGCCAUUGGACAUUCGCCUUAAGGAAAGCAUGAACUGCCAGCUCUCGGAUCCUUCCAGCACCAAGCCAGGUACCUUGUUGAAAACCAGCCCCUCACCAGAGCGAUCGCUAUUCCUGAAAUACGCGCGCACGCCCACGCUGGAUCCUGACACGAUGCACGCGCGCCUGCGCCUGUCCGCCGACCGCCUGACGGUGCGCUGCGGCCUGCUGGGCAGCCUGGGGCCCGUGCCCGCGCUGCGGUUCGACGCGCUCUGGCAAGUGCUGGCUCGCGACUGCUUCGCCGCCGGCCGCCACUACUGGGAGGUUGACGUGCAGGAGGCGGGCGCCGGCUGGUGGGUGGGCGCGGCCUACGCCUCCCUUCGGCGCCGCGGGGCCUCGGCCGCCGCCCGCCUGGGCUGCAACCGCCAGUCCUGGUGCCUCAAGCGCUACGACCUCGAGUACUGGGCCUUCCACGACGGCCAGCGCAGCCGCCUGCGGCCCCGCGACGACCUCGACCGGCUCGGCGUCUUCCUGGACUACGAGGCCGGCGUCCUCGCCUUCUACGACGUGACGGGCGGCAUGAGCCACCUGCAUACCUUCCGCUCCACCUUCCAGGAGCCGCUGUACCUGGCCCUGCGGCUCUGGGAGGGGGCCAUCAGCAUCCCCCGGCUGCCCUAGGGGCCAGGAUCGGCGUGACAGCCUCCAGGUAGGCCGCAGCUGCCCAGUCUCGCCUAAUCUACCUAGCUCAGCGUGGCCGGUCCCCUUACUGCCUGCUUCUUAGGGCCCUCUCCCUGCCCCAGCUUUCCCCGACCAAUCACGCCUACCGUGCUUUGAAGGUUUCUUCUCCUAGGCUAGUUUCAAACAGGCCCUAAACAAGUCUGCUGCUGCCCUCUCAUCAGACCUCCGCACCCCCACCCCACCAUCAUUUACACUACUUUAAUCCAGUUCCUUCAAAGUCAUACCCCCACAGGUAAGCCCUCAGCAUCCUGAAUACAUCGUAAUCCGCAGCCUGGGAACCUUCUCCCUCGUACAGCACAGGAACCUGACACAUAGUAAGCACACAGUAAACGUUUGUGAAUGAAUGAGAGUUAUCCAGCCCGGACUCUCGAGUGUCUUGAGGUUCCGUGAAUCUACCGCUUCCUCCCCACCGAUUUCAGCUUGUCCACAUCACAGCUCCCUCCAGAAGCUGCAAGAGCGAGCGUCUUAGCAGUUCCUGGUCUGAACCCUUUCCCAGUCCUCAUCUUCCACCCUAAAACUAGAGUGAUCUUUCUAAAACUUCACUUAACCUCAGCUAUGAAAAGGCUUCCAGGAGUUUCCAUGAAAUAACAAAAAAAAUACAAGCGCCUCACCUUAGCAUUCAAGGCUUGUCUACUAUGCCCAAAAUUACUUAUCCUCACCUAGCUCCUACCACUCUUUUUAGAGACUCUCCAGUCAGAAAUGUGUCGCAUAGUUCCACCUCCACACCUCUCUGCUGCCAGCACAUUCAUGCAGAAAAAUCUUUUCACCUGUCUCAGUCUUCCCAGGCUUACCUGCACCAGGAAGUCUAACCAAGGAACAGGAAUCUCACUAUAAGAGCCACAAAUCUGGGACCUGUCUUUCCAACUAAAUUGGAGGCUUUGGAAGGGCAGCUUUGUCUUAUACUCUCUCCACCCUGAAAAGUUCAGAAAGCCCCUUCCCUCCCAAGCAGUGAAUUAAUAACCAGCAGGUGCCUAUCACUGAGUCACAGAAGAGCUGAACUGGGCGGGCCUCACAGGUCACUCAGCCAGAUCUCAUCUGGGGAGUCUGAGGUCCUGAAAGAAAGAGCUGUGUAAAGUUACCCCGCGGUGAUAUAGGGGGGCCAGACGUGUGCCCCAUCCACCCGCCCCCAGACAAGCAUCUGACCUGUCCCCUGGCCCAGCCCUUAGGCCCAGCUUUCAACCUGCUUACUCAUUUCUCAGGGGAUGUUGGGAAGGAAUCAGCAGGUGACAGUUGCUAAGCAACCAAAGGGGGUGGUGUUUCCCAACUGUCUUAGGACAAAAAGGGGAAGAGCACCCUUAGAUCCAGAUGUUGCCAAGGAAACCCAGAGCGCCCAGCUGUCUGGAAUGAAGUGACAGAAGUAGAGAACAGUAGGCCCUCACAGGGAGGCCAGCUCCUCUAGCAGGGAGGGGGAGGCCUCUUCCCAGGGCCUGUGUCUCCAUUCUGAAGGUCUGCGUCCUGUUUUGUCAAUUCCCUAGACGGUUUUGAAGUUAUAUUCUGUUAAAGCAUCUUCAUAGGUGCUUGGUGGGAGGCCAAGGUCGCCGAAUCCUCGUGAUUUAAACAGACUUUCAGUGCAUUAGUUUGAACCAUAUAAAACUGACAAUUUUCAAUAGUUUUUGAAUUAAAAAUGGCACUUUUGACAUGAGACAAUGUAGCAGAAUACCAGGCAGACAGAACCUUGCAAACGCCUUAACUUCUAACCAAAGACUUUAAAACUCUGGCUGGACAGAGUUUUAAAGCACUAUGCUGCAGGAUCGUGAGAAAAAGGGGAAAUUAAUUCUACCAGGAAUGGCCCAAACUGAAUUGUGACAGGCAGAGGGCAUUCCUGACAGAGGGAAGAUGAAUACACUUGACCCCAACAUUUUGUCCAUCCCUGAUGACCAAGACCUCUUCCCAGACCCACAGCUGCAGAGGCCAAGUAAUAACAGCUCUUACUAGUUUAUAAUGCACUGUUUUAAUGCUUUAUGACUAAACUCAUCUGAUCCUUUCAUCACCCCUAGGGGGUAGAAAGUUAUCCCAAUUCUACACAUGGCAAAAUGGAGACCCAGACUCACUUGCCCAAGGUCACACAGCUAGUGGUGGAGCUGGAGUCUGGGCCCAGGCUGUGAGUUCCAGGUCUGUGCUCAUGGCCACCAGGCCCUACUGCUCAGGGUGAAUGCAGCUGGUCUCUGGCCAGUGCCUGGAGCUCUGGCCCCUCUCGUGAAGCUACUGCCUAUGAUGCUUUCCUAGUGCCUGGUUAUUCUGCGAGACUUGAGUCUACCUUUGGACUGCCUUCCUUGGGGUCUGAGAUGAGGCCUUAUGGCCCAGAGGGAAACUUGAUUCAAAAGUUUGGGAUUCAUGUAGCAGAGACAGAGCUAGACUAUAAAAGUCACGAACUAGCUGUGUCAAGGCCCGUGAUAGCCAGAAAGCGGCAGUUUCAGUCCAUAAUCAAUUGUGUGACCAGGGCUAGUCACUUUUUACUUCUCAGUGCCAUCUAUAAAAUGGGGAUAAUAGCACUAACUACCAGUGCUGUGAGGCUCAAAUGAGCCAAAGGUUAUAAACUUGCCUUAAAACUAUAGUCCUAUACAAAAAUUAGCCGGGCGUGGUGGUGCGUGCCUGUAAUCCCAGCUACUCAGGAGGCUGAGGCGAGAAUUGCUUGAACCCAGGAGGCGGAGGUUGCAGUGAGCCGAGAUCACACCACUGCACUCCAGCCUGGGGGACAGAGCAAGACUCUGUCUCAAAAAAACAAAAACAAACACAUAUAUAGUGCUGUAUCAUGCCAGGAUUUAUCAGCAUUCCCAAGGGAGCUUGCAUGGUACUGACCGAGUGCUGAGACUACUGGUAUUCCCAGCUGCCACGUGGCAGCAGCAGGAGCUACUAGAAUAUUCUCAGCACAGGAAUGAGGCUUCUUUGGUUUCCAUGCCUGUAAGGGUUACUGAUCACUUACCUUAUUCUCCUUCAUACUUGAAUCUGUAGACAUUUCUUUAUUGAUAUGGCAAAUUGCUUGCAGAUAUUUUUAAAUGACAGCAAUUUUCUAAUAUUUGGUUUAAUAAAAUGUGAAUAAUGUCCCUUUUAA